GCUUUUCGCUUUCUUUUUCUGGCGACUGCCGACUGAAGCAAACCGUCCUGUCCACGAAAUAAAAGGAAACAACGAACUGAUAUUAUGGACAAGCCAAUUGUAUGGGCUCGCGUUGUAAAGGUGCUCGGCCGCACAGGCUCUCAGGGUCAGUGCACCCAGGUGAAGGUGGAAUUUCUGGGCGAACAGAAUCGCCAAAUCAUACGCAACGUGAAGGGUCCAGUUCGAGAGGGCGACAUUUUGACGCUGUUGGAAUCUGAACGUGAAGCCAGACGUCUGCGCUAGGAUGGGAGUUGUGGAUCUAUAGGACUAGGUAGAAUAAUCAUUGUGCUAAUCGGGGGAACUUUGAGGAUUUGUUGCAUAUACUGAUGGAUAUAUACAUAAUAAUCUCAACACAUAAUAAUUUCUUAAAUAUGAAAGUUAUUUUGCAAAGGGGGUUUUGGGCGUAAUUCCCUUUGCAAGUACUUACAUACAUAUAUAAUAUUUACAAAAUAAAAAUACUAAUAAUCGGACUCUUGAAAUUUGUCAACCAAGCGAAUACAUAAUUUAAUUUCAAUUUAUAAUAAUCAAUCGUAUUGUGCAUUAAGUUGUUUGGGCGAAACGCUUUUUGCAAAUUCUUUUAUAAAAUAUAACGAAUUGUAAUAUAAAGAAAACUAUGAAAUAUCCUCAGUAAAUACA